AUGGCAUAUCAGAACAAAGCCCUGGCCAGCGACGACCCCAACGUGUUAGCAUUGUACGAGUACCGCACCGCCAAGGACUACGCUGCCUACCUCCUCCCACACCUGAAGCCAGACUUCCACGUCCUCGAUGUCGGGUGCGGGCCCGGCGGCAUGACGCACGACUUCUCGCUCCUCGUGCCGCAGGGCAAGGUCGUCGGCAUCGACGUGUCGCCGGACAUCGUGGCACAGGCUGCCGCGAAGUACCACGAGCCCAACCUCUCGUUCGAGGUCGGGGACGCCUACGAGCUGUCACAAUUUGCUGACGCCAGUUUCGAUGUGAUCCAUGCCCACGCCUUGUUCAUGCACCUCACCGACCCUGUCAAGGUGUUCAAGGCCAUGUACCGCGUGGUGAAGCCCGGUGGGAUCGUGGCGUCGAGGGAUGGCUCCGGCCGGGGGAUUAUCGCUGUCCAUCCAGAUCGGCCCCCUUUCACGGCGUUGAUGACCGAGGCCUCGCCGGCGCAGCUGAGAUGCCUUGAGGCGAUGGGGUCUUGGACCAAGGCCGGCGUGUAUAAAGAGAAAUGGGCCAGGGAGGCCGGGUUCGGUGCGGAUGGGGGAAGGAUAGAGGUAGCCGCGAGUCUGGAGCAUGUGACCAGGGAGUGGAACGGCUUCAAGGGCACCGUUGGGGAUCGCGCCGUUGAGCUGGGUGUUGUUACGAGAGAGCAGGUUGAGCGCUGGACGGAGAUCUGGAGUGAAUGGCUUAAAUUGGAAGAUCGCUUCCAGAAGAGGGAAUUUGUCGAUACCUUAUGUUUCAAGGGGGAAGCGGCCUGA